UAUUAUAUAUUAUAUUAUUUAUGGUAUAUCACAUAUGAGUAUAUUCAGUGUUGUUCUAGUGUUAAAUAACAAUUUAAUAAAAAAGGAAUAAAUUGAUAAAAAUAAUUUGAAAAAAAAAAGAGAAAGAAAAUUUCAAAAAGGUUAUACUCACCUUGCAUUUAGUGAAGAAGGGACAAAGACAAAGUUGAUGGCAAGUUAAAUCAAAGUCGGAUAUUUGCUGUUGAAUAACAAUCGCGAAUGAAAGUGAAUACAGAGAGAGAGAGAGAGAGAGAAAAGGAAUGGGCAUCGAGAGCGUUUUAACCGGAGGCCUGACCUCGGCAUCCAGCGGACUUUCGUGGUUCUUUCCUGUGCUCGCUGCGGCCCUCGUUUAUUUCGAGUACGAAGUGAUGGACAACGAGGCACCGCCGAUUAAUAUACCCUCUGAAGUGCUCUUGCCUGCUUAUGAUUUUAUCGUAGUGGGAGCUGGUUCAGCAGGAGCUGUGGUGGCAAGUCGCCUGUCUGAGAUAGAAAAUUGGAACGUGCUUCUUCUGGAAGCUGGGGGCGAUGAAACGGAAAUCUCUGAUAUUCCUCUGCUUGCCGGAUAUUUACAGCUUAGCCAACUCGAUUGGCAAUACAAAACAGAACCCGAUGGACAGUCCUGCCUAGCGAUGAGCAACGGCCGCUGCAACUGGCCACGGGGGAAAGUGAUAGGGGGCAGCAGCGUGCUGAACUACAUGCUCUACCUUCGCGGGAACAAGAAGGACUACGACAUCUGGGAGAGUCAAGGGAACCGGGGAUGGUCUUUCAAGGACGUGCUCUACUACUUCAAGAAAUCGGAGGACAAUCAAAACCCUUACCUAACCAGAACACCCUACCACUCGACAGGAGGAUACCUGACCGUCCAAGAAGCGCCUUGGCACACACCACUGGCCACAGCCUUCAUCCAAGCCGGGCAGGAGAUGGGAUACGAGAACAGGGACAUAAACGGGGAACAGCACACAGGUUUUAUGAUCGCCCAGGGGACGAUCAGGCGCGGUAGUCGAUGCUCCACGGCGAAGGCGUUCCUCAGGCCGGCCAGGCUGCGCAAGAACUUGCACAUCGCCAUGCAGUCGCACGUGACCAAAAUUCUGAUAGACCCCAAGUCCAAGAGGGCGUACGGGGUUGAGUUCGUCAGGGAUCAGAAGAUGUUCCGGAUUCGGGCGAAGAAAGAGGUGAUCGUUUCAGGCGGAUCCAUCAAUUCCCCCCAAUUGCUCAUGUUGUCGGGGAUCGGGCCCAGGGAACACUUGUCCAAACACGGUAUACCGGUGGUCCAGGAUCUAAGAGUUGGAUACAACAUGCAAGAUCACGUGGGCCUGGGUGGGCUCACGUUCCUCGUGGACAAGGAGAUCUCGAUGGUUGAGAAGAGGUUGCACACCGUGCAAACAGUGAUGCAGUACGCCAUCUUUGGGAACGGGCCCCUGACCGUCCUCGGCGGUGUCGAGGGUCUAGGCUUCGUCAAUACGAAGUACGUGAACGCCUCUGACGAUUUCCCGGAUAUAGAGCUCCAUUUCGUAUCCGGCUCGACUAAUUCUGACGGCGGUAGACAGAUCAGGAAGAUUCACGGAUUGACAAAGAAGUUCUACGACGCUGUAUACGGGGCCUUGAACGACUUGGACGUGUGGAGCGUGAUACCCAUGCUUUUAAGGCCUAAAAGCAAAGGUGUUAUCAAGUUGCGUAGCAAGGACCCCUUCGCCCAUCCGCUGAUAUAUCCUAAUUACUUCAAGGAGCCGGAGGAUAUCGCGACGCUGGUCGAAGGGGUUAAGAUUGCCGUCGCUUUGAGCAGGACCCAAGCUUUCAGACGUUUUGGGAGCGAGGUGAACUCGAAGCAUUUUCCAGGUUGCAAGAAUAUUCGUAUGUACAGUGACCAGUAUUGGGAGUGCAUGAUCAGGCAUUACACGGUCACUGUUUACCAUCCAGUGGGCACGUGCAAGAUGGGCCCUUAUUGGGACCCGGAGGCUGUCGUCGAUCCUGAGCUCAGGGUUUAUGGGAUCAACGGGUUGAGAGUCAUCGAUGCGUCCAUCAUGCCGAAUUUAGUCAGUGGGAAUACCAAUGCGCCGGUUAUCAUGAUCGGAGAGAAGGGAUCUGAUAUGAUAAAGGAGUUUUGGUUGAAGAGAAGGAGUGGGAGAAGGAGUGGUUUUGUGAAGUAAUUUCGAGUGAAACUUUUUGUAGAUGUGAAUAUGAAU